AACCUGGAUCAUCAUAUGACCAGAAAUGAGUCACUGGAGGCUUUACGUCUGGAUGGUUUUCAUGCUGUUCAUACAGGACACUGGAAACUGAAAAACAAUGGGCAUUCUGUUGUGUUGGAGGUUGAGAAUGGGAUGUCUGUGAGUGGUGGAGGUCUUCCAGGGACGUACCACACCAUCCAGCUCCACUUUCACUGGGGAAGCCUCAACACCAACGGCUCAGAGCACACUGUAGACAGGCACAGGUAUCCAAUGGAGAUGCACAUAGUCAACAUGAAGUCAAGUCACCCCAAUUUGACAUCUGCCUUGGAUGACCCAACUGGCCUUGCAGUUCUUGCGUUCUUUAUUGAUCUUUAUUACAUUGAAAAUGUACACUUUGGACGCAUAUCACGACUACUUCCCUCCAUUGCCUACAAAGGUCAAACGGCUACAGUCAAACCAUUCCCAUUGAUCGGCCUUCUGCCUGAGAGCCAUUUGUCCCAGUACUACCGCUACCAUGGUAGCCUCACCACUCCACCUUGUUCUCAAGCCGUUAUAUGGACCAUGUAUGAAGUCCCCACCUAUAUCUCAUGGUCACAGUUUGAACAGUUUGUCACUGGGAUUUUCUCCACAGAGGAGGAUGAAGAAUUUGUAGCACAUCUCCAUGAUAACUUCCGACACAUCCAUCCCACCUUCAGUCGCAGCGUCUACGCCUCCAAAGAUGCCAAGCUGCUUACAGCGACGGCCAAUCACCUCUAUAGCCCAGAACUCUCAAUACUUCUCCUUCAAUUGACUUUAACUGUUGGGCUCAUCUAUGGGCUCUAGCUCUUUGCUCAGGGCUGUUUUGUUGAUGCUAGCUUUACACUCUCUCUACUUGUGGGACAGCAUCAUAGCCGAGAUUUUUUUUAACAGAGGAUACAUAAAAUACUGUGAAAAAUAAGAGUACUGUUUACUGUGAUUGACCUCUAUGUUUUCAUCAUAUUACUGUCAUUGCGUUCAAUUAGAAAUGGUUUAA